AGAGACGUUGUCGUAGCGGCGCUCUAACCUCAACUGGAAACAAGUUCUCUGAAUGGAAAAUGAUAGCUGGAGUUACAUGCUAACAUGAAGUCCCCGUGUUUCGCUCUGUGCUCUCUGUUGCCACUGCUUUUUCUGGCAGGGCCCAGCUUUGGAGUAUCGUACUUUGGAGCAAGUUUCUGCAAGAUCCAGGCUGUCCAGGAUGUCACAUCAUUCCAUCUCUCACUGCAGUUUCAAACGGGAAAGCGCAGUGGCCUCCUCUUUCUGGCUGGAGGAAUCUCAGACUACCUUGUACUAGAGCUCCGGAAUGGCAGGUUACAGGCACGUCUGGACAUGGGAUCUGGUGAAGUGGCUGUUUCAUCUGCUCUUGGUCUACAGCUAAAUAACUUAAUGGACCACCACGUGACACUAACUUUACAAGAGACCAAUUUAACUAUGGUGAUUGAUGAAAUUUUCCCCAGUGUUGUUAUGCUCCCCGGUAUCAAACAGGAUCUCAACAUUGAUCUGGGAUUUUACUUAGGUGGCAAAGGGAAUCUUGAGCGACCUUACCUGGAAGAAUCUGUCCCUCAGUUCCGGGGCUGCAUGGGGAAUGUACGCUUUGAGUCCAAUGACUUUGACCUUUUAUCAGCAGAGCAGCCUACAUGCCAUGAGACUAAAGAGGGCUGUAGCAGUGAAUUUCAGGGCGGCAAAGGGGAAGCUAUCAGUUUUAUUAGUGCAAAUUCAUAUUAUUCCUUGCCAAUAUGGAACAUGGUGGAUGGCCUGACUCUUGAGCUACUAAUGAAGACCACUAUUGAAAAUUCACUUUGUUUUUUUCAUCUUGAUCACCAGUCAAGAUUUAUAGGUUUGUGGUCCGUAGGAGGCUACCUCAAGGGUAUUGCAGACCUGGGAAAUGGAGUGGUUGUUUUGGACAACCCCUAUGUACAGAUGGAUGAUAAUCAGUGGCACAGAGUUAAAGUACAAAUACAUUCUAGUAUGUUCGAAAUCACUGUGGACAGUCAGAGCAUCAUGGUUCCUCUGAGUGGUUCAGAAAGCCUGCAUCUUACUGGAAAUGUAUAUAUGGGAGGUUUGGACGAGAAUGUAAAAGAUGUCCUUAGAAGCACUGGGAUGUUAUCUUCUUUCCAAGAUCAUUUGACACUAGAGUCUUUCAUUGGUUGUAUGGGUGAAAUAAAACUUAACCAACAAGAUAUAAGCCUGCAAGACAUUUCAGUUAGCAAAGAUAUUCAUGUAAGUUGUGAAGGUGAUGAAUAUGGUUAUGAAUAUGAAUAUGAUUUUACUACAACUGCACCCCCUGUUAAAUUUCAAUAUGUUGAAGAACAGCAUUGUCACCCUACAGCUGAUAUGCCAGAAAUCUUCCGCAACAUCACUAGGCUCCUUGAUAUCAGGUCUCUGACUGUUCCUGAAGGUGGGCAAGCCUUUGUGAACCUGAACAAUAUAAAACCUACUCUAGAUCUAACAGCAUUAGGCAUCAGGCAAUCCCAAAUAGUCUUCACUCUUCAGAGCGAGCCAUUGAAUGGUCAAAUGGAUUUAAAUGUUAUUAACAGAAGAACAAAGAAGUUUACUCUACUGGAUGUGGUCAAUGGAAAAGUCAAGUAUAUCCAUAAUGGUAUGGAAAGAUAUUCAGACCACAUACCAUUUGAUGUUGUGGCCCAUAGCUAUAGCUACCUUCCAGAAUGUUUGAAAACUCCUCAAAACUAUAUACUUCCUGUAGAGAUAAUACCCAUCAAUGAUAUACCUCAGUUAAGUGGAGGAGACAUCUUCAUCUCAGAGUAUGCACGGACACUCUUAACUGCAAAUCUUAUCAAAGUUGUGGAUACAGACACCAUUUGUGAUGAACUGAAGUUUACAAUUGUCUCGGGACCCAGCACUGAGGAAGGUAUUCUAGAAAAAGCACAGCAACCUGGUCAUAAUAUUUUGGAGUUUACAUGUAAGGAACUUAAAGAUGAAAACAUUUACUACGUCCACAAAACCGGCACUAUGGCUGAGCUGAAAAUACAGGUUUCUGAUGGAAGCUCAUUGAGCCAGUCAGCCACCCUCAGACUUUCAGCAAGACAACCUCAGAUCACACUUGUAACAAAUACUGGCCUCAUUCUUUCUCAGGGUGGGGCUUCAUUGAUUGGAAUCCAUAAUUUAGCAGUGUCUUCAACACCACAGAAUGGGGACAUUAUGUACAAUGUGAUUGAGGAUCUCCAUUUUGGAGAACUGCAGAUUCAUACAAUUAAUGGGGAAUGGAAGCAAACAAACACCUUUCGGCAAUCUGAUUUACAAAAAGGACAUUUGAAGUAUGUCAGUACAGAUACUCACAAUUAUGAAGACAUUAUGGUAGAACGGGUCAAGUUUGAUGUACAGCUAGGUCGAAUAAUUCUUAGCAACAACACUAUGUUGAUCAAGAUCAAGCCAUCUGAAGUAACAAUUUCUAAGCUGAUCCCAUUACAAAUAGAAAGUGGAGAACAAAAGGUUAUAAAACAAACAGAACUUGAGGCUGCUCUAAAGGGACGAAGUGUGGAUUACAAUUCUUUGAAAUAUAGGCUUUUGGAAGCUCCAUCUAAAGGUACUUUGUCACUAUUUGGUCGAGACCUUUCAAAAGGAGAUUCAUUCAGUCAACAAGACCUAUGGAAUGGUCAUCUCAUCUACAAAGUAAGGAUCCGCAGAACAGUAGACACAGAAGAUAAGUUUCAGUUUCAAGUGUUUGUUGAAAACCAGUAUUCACCUGUGUAUACCUACCCAAUUAAGAUCCUAGCUGAUCCAAAUGUACCUGUCCUAACAAAUGAAAGACUGACUGUUUUGGAGGGUGGAGAGAAUUACCUGACUAAGGAGUACCUCUGGGUUCAGACUAGAAAUGUGACAGAUUAUGUAUAUAAGGUUAUCCAUGGUCCUAACCAUGGUAAGCUUAUCAGAGAUUCCCCACCUGGAAUGCCUAGAUUUGAAGGGGCAAUUAAGGUGUUCAGUAAUGAAGACUUACUGUUACAGAGACUUAUAUACAAGCAUGAUGGAUCAGAGAGCAAUGAGGAUAAGUUUAAAUUCCUUAUUCUUGAACAAACCACAGACAGCUCAACAAUUAAUGCCAUGUUGCAAGAAACAUUAAGUGGAAUGUUCAGUAUAUCUAUACAAUCCCACAAUGACCAUGUACCACUCCGAGUAGUCAACAGGACUUUCAAUGUGGUGAGAAAUGGACAGCGUUUGUUAACCACCGAUGACAUCCUAUUCAAGGACGAUGAUUCGGACUUCAAUGACACCCAGCUGGUCUAUGUGCGCAUGGGCAUUCUUUCUGGGAAUAUUGUGUCGGCUGAAGAUGUCUCCCAGCCACUUUACCGCUUUACCCAAGCUGAUCUUAGGGAUAAAAAGGUACUCUUUGUGCACCAUGGAGCUGAUCGUGAGAGGUUUCAGUUGCAGGUGUCUGAUGGUUUGCACAAAACAACAGCUUUGCUGGAAGUUCAGGCUAGUGAACCAUACCUCCAUGUCGUUAGUAAUACCAUGAUUGAAAUUGACCACGGUGGGUUUAAGACCAUUGACAACACUGUCUUAAGUGCAGAGUCCAACAUGGAUAUUAGAGAUACAAGUGAGAUAAGGUAUGAAGUGACAACACCCCCAAAAGAUGGAAAGAUUACUGUUAGGGGAGAAGAGACCACUACAUUCACUCAAGGAGAUUUAAACAAAGGAGAAGUGUCAUAUCAGCACAGUGACAUAAGCCUCAGGUCAAAGGACUCCUUUGGCUUCACAGUAAAAUCUUAUCAUUUGUCUGAGGAUGGUGUUUUCAAAAUCAAGAUCUUUAAGCAAGGCUACAUGUCUCAACCACAAAUAAUCAACAAUGAGAAGAUCUACUCUUUUGAAGAAGAAACGACUGAGAUAAAACAAGACAAUCUUAAGGUAGAACAAGAUGACAUCCUGCCCUCCGAAAUGAUGUAUACUAUUAAAGAGCCUCCCCGCCUGGGCCACAUCGUGAUGUUGAUCAAUGACUCAGAGAGCACAGCCACACCCAGCCUUCACUAUAUCCACACCUUCUCCCAGGAGGACAUCAACAAUGGACGCAUCCUUUAUGUCUCCACACCCAUCCAAGGCAGUGAUUGGUUCACUGUGGAUGUCACCAACAGCUUCACCGCUGUGGAGGAUCUCCAGAUCAACAUUGAGAUCCUCCCCAGAAUGGUUCCCUUCCAUGCCAGAAAUAUCACUCUUAGGGAAGGUGGGUCAGAAGCUUUGAACCAGGACAUCCUCAAUAUUUCCCAUCCUUUCUACAGCACUACCAAUAUUGACUUCAUUGUGGAAGAGCCUCCUCAACAUGGUGCCAUAAAGUACUGGGAACAUGAGGACAACAUAGGGUUUUUCACUUUGGAUGAGGUGAAAAAAGGAAAGAUCUACUACCUGCAUGAUGGCACUGAAACUACAUCAGAUAGUUUCAAUCUCACUGCCACAGCAUUUGAAAUUCAGAGGCAGAGUCUACCAGUGACCAUCACCAUUACUGUGCUCCCAGUCAAUGAUGAACCCCCAGUAGUGACAGUCAAUGGUGGUUUGGAGCUUCGAGCACAUACAUCAGCUAGAAUUACUGCCAGUGAGUUAAAUACAGAAGAUCUGGAUACCCCUCCUGAGGAUCUGGUGUAUUCUAUUGAACCACCUACCAAUGGGUAUGUGGCACUGGAAUCAUCACUCAACAACACCAUCCGAGGCUUCACACAGGCACAGAUUAAUAACGGCCAAGUCGUUUUUGUUCACAAAGGUGCUCUCUCUGGGAGUUUCAGUUUCAUAGUGACCGACACAGAGCACACCUCUCCUAAGCAUCUCUUCUCCAUUACUGUAAGGCAGAUCACCAUCACUAUGGAAGCAAACAACGAGCUCAUUGUGUAUCCAGGAAUGAGGCAACCAAUCACAAGCCAGAUACUGAAAGCAGUGACAACUGAUGAAGCAGAGGUGAUAACUUAUAAUGUAACAAGAGCACCAAGGCUGGGCACGCUUAUCACAACCACUCAAAGCAACGAAUUCAAGGAAGUCUCCAGUUUCACCCAAGCAGAGUUGCAGAAUGGAUCUAUCCUCUACCAGCAUGAGAUGCCCAGUGAGCCAUUUUGGGUCAUGCAGGAUUCAGUUGAAUUCCUUCUAUCCUCACAUACUGCAGAAGAAUUAGAGCACAUCCUCCAUAUUACAAUCACCUUCCAGGCACCAAACCUCUCCCAGGCAUCACAGCUUUGGAAGAAUGCGGGUCUAGAUGUCCUGCAAGGUGCAGCUACAACUAUUGAAAGUUCCAGACUAGAUGCUUCUAAUCUCUUAGCCAGUCUUCCGGUAUCCCAGAGAGAUUCUAAUGAUGUUGUGUUUGAGGUGAGGAAAUUCCCGGAGCAUGGGAUCCUUUUUCUUGAUGACCUAGCUUUGCCAUCGGAAUCACCAUAUUUCCUACAGGAAGAUGUGGAUAAAAAAGAGCUUAAAUAUACCCAUGAUGGAUCAGAAUUUUGGGACGAUGGCUUCUCCUUCCGAGUAUGGCUAAAGCCUCGAGAGAAAGGGCUAGUGGGGAUGUCGCAAACAAGUGGUAGCAUUAUCAUCGAGGAGUCCUUCAACUUCUCAAUCAAGCCCAAAGAUUAUAAACCACCACAGCUGGUGAUCUCAAAUACUUUUUUAGAGGUAGUACAAGGUUCUACUCUAGUUCUUACAGGGGAACACCUUAACACCAUCGAUGAAGACAAUAAGCCUGAGGAGAUCAUCUUUACUGUUACCAAACACCCUUCCAAUGGACUGAUUGCUGGCACACACACUAAAAGCCAAAUCACCAGGUUCACUCAAGCAGAUAUCAACACAGGCCAGGUGGCAUUUGUCAGUGAUGGGAGCCUGUCUGGUGGAUUCCUGGAAUUUACUAUAUCUGAUGGCAAGCACAUUACGUCUUCCUACAGACUAAACAUUGAUGUGUUGGCCAGGAGCCUAACUCUCACCCAAGCGGAAGAGAUGCAGGUUAAGCAAGGGGAUGAUGAAACAUUAAUUACAAGUCGUGUUCUCAAAACAACAACUGGAGGGCCAAGGGAAGAGGAGGUAAUCUAUGCUAUAACUGAUGGUCCAAAAUUUGCAACUGUAACAGUUGAUCACCAGUCUUCAUCUCGAUUCACUCAACAACAGGUUGAGGAGGGAAGGGUCAGGUUCCGCUUUGUGCAGUUCACUUCCCCAAAGGAUAGUUUUGCAUUUGUGGCAAAAACUAAAGCAGCCAAUGUCUCAGGAAUACUGAAUGUGACUGUAAAACCUUUAAUAACCCUACCAGAAGGUCCUUUUCUGCCUAGAGCAUCAACUGUUCUUGUAGACAAAAAAAUACUUGAUGCAUCAGAAUUAGCCAACAAAACCAAGAGUGUUCCAUUUUUCAGUAUAACCCAGCAACCACAAACAGCUAGGUUCAUGAAACUGGAUGGAAGAGGGGAGAAUCAUCCAUUACAGGCAUUUACUCACAAGGAUGUGGAGGAUGGAAGAGUAGCACUGGAGCUAUUCAACCAAACAGAAGCAGGGGAUCAACCUCACACUGAUAGAUUCAAUUUCCUUCUGAAAGCCAAUGGUGUCCCUCCUGCACUUGGUUCCCUGUCCUUCAGAACUGGCCCUUACAAUUCCUCUGUUACUUAUGAUGCAAAUUUACUCAAGAUUCCCCCAAGUCUCAUGGACCCUCUUACGACACCAGAAUGGAAAGAAGGGGACCUAACAAAUUCACGAAAGAGGCCUCUGGUCUCCACAGAGAACAACAUCUGGGCCAUCAUCAUUCCUAUCUGCAUUAUCAUCUUGCUCCUUAUUAUGGCAGCUGUGUUAGCAUACUACCUUGUUCGGCGUAACAAAACAGGAAAACAUGAGGUCCAGGUGCUCUCAUCCAAACCAAAAAAUGGGGAGCUCAACCAAGAGACAUUUCGUCAAACUGAUCCUGCCCAUAGUAUACCAAUGUCAAAUAUGGGUCCAACAGACUCGAAAGACGGGCUUCAGAGCACAAAAGGGUCAGACCCCGACCCAGAGUUAUUGCAGUACUGUAGGACAACUAACCCUGCUUUAAAAAAGAAUCAGUACUGGGUUUAAAGUCAUUCCUGGCCAAAAUGAAGGAUGUAAAAAUUUGACCUUCUCUGUGUCAUUCCUAACAGUGUUACAGAUCUUUAUCAGUCUUUACAGUUGGAGCAAUCUAUUUAUAUAUUAGCAUUUGGUGCUGUUUUGAACAAUUUCAGUACCCUUACUCAGGUUAUCAAAUUCUAUAGGUUUCAAUGAGUACGCAACUGAAUUGACUAAUGCAUUUAGUGACUUAGAUACUUUAUGAAAUUAUUUUUUCUUUUGUGAAUGAAAGACUCCAAUAGAAUUUUUUUUAAAAUAAACUUAUUUUAGACAAAUGUUCAUUAUGCAUGAGUAUAAAUCCCUUCAUUUGCAAACAGAAAACAUCUUUUGAAGGAAUCUAUUCAGUUUGUAAAUGCAUUUUUUGAAAAUAUUAUUUCUAGAAUGCUUACAAGGCACUAUUGCAUUUCAGAUACUGAUCUGCUUUGACUAGAAAAACUUUAAAAGGGCAAAUGCGCACAUAGUAAAUCAUUCAUAUCACUGUAUGGGACAACUAUAAAUGUUAUUUUGAAAAGCUACUAAAAGUUGCUUUAGUUCUCAGUCUAUAUGCAUUUAUCUCACUCAGACAUUUUGCUUUUAUUUGUUAACCUGUUCACUAACGCUGUGGUUCAUGCUUUCAGUUUCAUCGCUUGUUUCAUAAGACACAAGACGCAAAUCUUUAAUUUAUAACUUAUAUUUAACUCAGAGAACUCAGUCCUGUACUUCAGUCGAUCUUUUUCCCCUGAAGUCUUUCUGAAACCCACUGGACUGACUGCACUGAAAAGCUCAACAUUUGUAAAUACUAAUAAAAGGUUACUCACUGGAAUCUAAAUUAAAUACAUUCCCCUUGUUGAUGCAAACUAAGUAAUGUAAUUUAAUGCCAUUACAAGGCUUUUCUAGAAUACUGUUCAAUUACUAUGUUCUAUUGAACAUCUCCAGUUUUUUUCUUACACUCACAAUACAUUUAUCAGGAUAUUGUGUUUUAUGUGCUAGGUGGUCAGUUUAAUCUCUUUGUGUUUUAAAACAGCCACGUUUCAAGUGUUACAUCUCCAGACUUUGAAAAGGAAAGUGUAUGAUCACAUUUUUGUUUGUUUUUAUAUCAGGUUAAAUGUACACUAUUUAAGUUUAAAAAAAAUAUAUCAAUACAAGCAACAAAUAUUGGAAUAGGCAUAAAUAAAAUCUCUUUUAAAGCAUGUUUCCACUUUGUUUUGAGGAAUUCAGUUAAGAUUAAUGUUUUUAAAUUGUGGAAUUCUGAAAUGCUUCAAAACAUCAGAGAAUCGUGAAAUUAACCUUGACCUGUUGACGUCUGUCCUUGUUUUUGAUGGUUUUGCUGAAUGGUGAAUGCUGAAGGAUCCACAUUUCCACUUGUCCUAUGUGGUCACAUCAGCUAGACAUGCAAAAUUAUGCUUGUCUGGACAAUUGAAUUAAGGUACUAUUCUGACUGUCUUUUAAUCUGGCUGGUUAAAUUUUUACUGUAUUUUAUUCUUCAUACCAUUGUAUGCAUUAAGCAGUUUACAUUAAAAUUGCUAAUAUUUCUAUUCCUUCUUCUAAAGAACAGCUGUCUUUAUCCCGAAUCCUUACUCCUGGUGUGGAAUUUGCAUUCCAUGUUUUAUGCAAUAUCAUAAAUACAUUCAAUCCAAAAAUAAAUAUGAAGUUAAACAGUUUACAUUGCUCUACAUGGAGAUGCAAAGUCCACAAGUUAUGGCUUUUGGGUAAGGGGGGUUGAUUUUUUUUCUUCUGUUUUGCUGUGCUUUGAAGGAUCUAAGCCCUAAGAUGUAUAGUAUAGCUCCAAUACAUAUGGAAUCUUACUUACAAUUGCUUUACAAUUGAAGAAUAUAUUUGUAUUUUAGGUCAUUUGGAAAUCUAUGUUUUUAAGUUAAGGAGAUGUUUAAGUUUUUAAUUCAAAUUAGGCAAACUCUAGCUCACAAGUUUAACUUGACAUGUAUUCAAAUUUUAGGAAUGCAUCAUAAUUUAUGUAUAAUAAUAUAAUAAGUUGGAAAACAGUUACCAGCAUUAAUUAAGCAUGCAAAUGUUAAAUGAUAAGCAACAAUUGUCAAUGAUUGUGCUGCUCUGCAGGCUUUUUUGGUUUAACAUACAUCUUCAUAAACAGCAGUAUCAUUUAAGUACGUGGGCCCUAUCCUAUGUCACAAUAGUAAAGUGCUCUUUAGUAAGUCCUAACAAAAACAGGACUUGGUUGAAGUUUUGGGGAAGAUGAUCUUAAAGCCAUUGAGUAAUGUACUAAUUAACUAUGUAAUGAACAGAAUGGAGACUUUGGUGAAUUUUUUCCUUCAAAGAGAGGAGCAUAAACCCCUGUUCAACUCUACUUCAUCUGCUCUGUCUCAUGGGAAUGAUGAGUAAAUGUAUCAGUUGCUAUACAGUAUAUAAUUUGUAUAUUUAGAUCAAGACCUUUAAUGGUACUUUCUAUAUAGAGUACAGUAACUAUUGUGUCUAAAAAUAUAAAAAUGUACUUGUUUUGUACUCCUAUAAACAACUUUGAUGAUACAAGCCCUUUUGUCUGAUGCUUGGCAUUGGUCCACUUGGGUGCAUUUAUACUGUACUCUGAAUUGUUUUAUAUGUUUUGUAAAGGGGAUCUGGCUCUUGGGGUAGCUGGCAUAUCUUAAAUAUUGUGUUAUAUUUUUAUUCUAAAUAACCCUUAGAGAAAAUAGAAGUUUCAAUUGAGAUAUUUGAUUGGCAGUUGUAAAUUUCUGGUCAUGUAAAUAUAUAUUUAUAUCUAUUGACAGUGUCAAUGCUUGGUUAUACUAUAUAAACCCCAACUUAAAUAAUGCCAUUGCUUUUCAGUUUUAAACAAAUUACAGUUUUCCAAACAAACUUAAAUUACAAUAGCAGGAGUUCAAGAGAUGUCUAAGUAUUUUUAAUAUUGUCUCUUGUUCUAGAAUUGCUGUUUUUAGUUGGGGGUUACAGUCUCUUAUGAUUGAUCCUUUUUAUGAGGAGGACUAAAACAAACUCCAAUAAGAAAAUAUGCUCUUGAACAGUUUAAUACACACAAGCUUUGAAGCUGAAUAUUUAAUGGGUCACACCUUUGCAUCAUUAAAUUAUUAAAUGAUUUAAAGGAUACACCACAAUGUAUUCUACAUAUUUUGGAUAGAAGUAAUUGAUCAUUUUCAAAAUACAUCUUUACAUCAGAAACAUUGCUUUUGUUUUUGUUAAAAAGCUAAAUAAA